UUCGUUGCAUAUGAAUAUGCAAAUGAUCUAUCUGAGAAGGAUAAUUUGUAGUGCACGUGUAUUGUCUGCAGUCAAGCCUUGAAAAUAAUUGAAAAAAGCCGGGAAUUUCAUACAAAAUGGUGGCACCAAUAAAAUAUACAGAAUAUACAGGUUUAGCGUGUGCGCCAAUGCGGUGAAAUGCCAAAUGACGAGCCCAACAAUGAUGGACGUUAGCGGAAGGUUCCAAAGCCACUCGUCGUCGUCAUACCGAAACGAAGCGAUGGCGAUCCGAGACUGUGAUGAAAUUACGGGAAAGUGAGCCAAAAACGUGUCGCCUUUCUCCUGACGGUAACCCAAUUUCCCCUUGUGUUGCCAGAGCCUAUUUUCUCCCGCCAAGUGUCUCGCCAAAUGGCCAACAGUUGAAACAUCAUCAAUCCAAAAGUUAAUAGUGAGCCACUGAGCUUUCACCCCACGCUCACAUUGUUUACCAUGUGAAAUAAACAAAUAAUAGAUAGUACAUAAAACUCACCCCCUAGUGAAUGAAUAUCAUCGAACGAUGGAGGAAGUCAUUCCGGAGCUGAUUGUACCACCGAGUGUAGUUAAAGAGGAGCCAAUAGAGGCAAAUGGUGAUCCCCAACAUUCGCAGAUGCAAGUUACGACGAAUAACGACGAGACAGAGGGUGGUAGCUGUACCCCAGAGAGUCGAGAGAGUGAAGUACGUUUUUUUCUUUCAAAGUGUGUAUUUUGUAAUAAAACAUUUACGUACGAGGAUCAAGUUAAAUUGCUCGAGUGUUUGCAUGCAGCAUGUGGUGCGUGCAUAAGUGCCAAAUUAAGUGAUCACAGUGUCUACGUGGAUUCUGAAGUUGUACUGGAAGGGAAUGUUGUUGUCUGUCCAAUUUGCAGCGUGGCUAGCCAGCCAGAUAAUCUCAUAGAGAACCGAUUUCACACUAAAUUUAUUGAGGACGAUGUGAAUCAAACGUCCGACGAGGACGCCAACAAGGACGAGGAGGAGGAUAAAAAGUGCACAAGCUGCCAUGACAAUGCAACAGCAACAAGUUGGUGUGUCGAUUGUGAGGAAUUUAUCUGUCAGAAUUGUGUUAUGGCUCACCAGAGGUUGAAGAUAACCAAGGAUCACACGAUAAAGCCGAAGGAUGAUGUCUCCAGGGACAGUGAUGGCGCCAAGAAGAGUGAGAAGAAGACACCGAGUUAUUUAUUAUGCUCGGUUCAUCCCCACGAACAGUUGUCCCUCUUCUGCCAGAGCUGCGAUCGCCUCACCUGUCGUGACUGUCAGCUGACUGAACACAGAGAUCACCGGUACAAAUUCAUUCACGAGAUUGCUGCCGAGACGAAGACAUCUGUGCAAACACUUCUUAAAGAAGUUACGUACAAACGAGUGCUUCUGAGGAGUGCAAUGAAAGUUAUUGAAGAUCGUCAGGUUCUCAUCGUCGAGAAGAAGAAGAAUCUCGUUCAGGACAUAACCCAGAUGGUCGUUCAGAUGACAAAUGCAAUAAAUACCCGAGGGAAGCAGCUGGUGAUGCGCCUGAAUGAGGUAUGCGAUCAAAAACAAAAUACACUCAACGAAAAACGAAUAGCACUUGAUCAGCUGUCCAAAUUGACUGAUCACUGCAUUCAAUUCGUCACCUAUGCCCUGGAUAAAGGCUCGGACAUGGAUUUUCUUUACUCGAAGAAAUCGGUAACAGGUCACCUUCAGCGAAUAAAGAAUAGACGGGCAGAUAUACCAAAUCCAGAAAUACCAGUGAGAAUUCAUUUAUCCCUGGAGAAGGUACCGGACUUGAUUAAGGUGGUCUCGUCGAUAGGCUCGAUAUAUGUUGAUGGGAGAGUUUAUCCGUCGCAAUCGUCAUCGGGAACCAGCACACCGACGACAAUAGCUAGUGAUGUGACGAUCGAUCGAAGACAAACGCCUCCAGUUAAUGUUCCUGCUGAGAGCCCAACAGUUCCACUGUUGAAUCAGCCUAUGUUGAAUCAACCAGCCACAACUCAGGCUGUUCCAUUCACCUCAGUGCCUAUGACAUUCACUCCCCAGCCCAUGGUCAAUCAACAAAUGAAUCAACAAAUGAAUCAACAAUUGAAUCAGCCACCACCACUGCCUCCAUCCCAACCGCAUUAUCCACCUCAGUAUUCAGUGCACACACUACCUCCUCGAUCGUCACCCCAGGGGCAGCCCCCAAGGCUACCGUACAAUGUGUCGUACAACGGGGCUAUUCGCCACCAGCUCAUGAUGCCACAGAGGCCUUUAGGUAAUUGUCAUCAGGUCACGUCGUCCACGCAUCCCCAGCAGGUGCAGUUCGAUCAGAUGGGCCAAAAUGCUAAUCUCAGAGGACUGCUGGCACCCUUUCAGAGAGCCAUGUCCAAUGUCGCCUAUAGGCUACCCCCUGGUUAUCGAUAUCCAUCUACAAAUGGCCAGAGAUCUGUCGCAGCAGUUACUCACACGUAUCAGCCAACAAAUCCAGCGCUUGUCUCUGGGGGACGGGUUCAACAGCUCACACCAGCCCCCUCUGGCCAGAUGAAUGCUUAUCCGAAUUACCAGGCAGCUCGCUGGCACAUACCUCAGUCCGCCAAUCCAACUAAUCCCAUGAAUUAUUUUCCCCAGAGGCCCAUGACUCCACUACAUGCCCCAUCUCUUUCACCAUCGGUAGUUGUACCAAAUGAUGCUUACAAAAUCACCCUCAAGGCACAGCAGAAUAACAACAUUAUUAGUAAUAAUAAUAAUAUGAGUAGUCCCAGUGGGAUUAAUAAUACCACUGGAGGCAAUCAGAAGGGCACGAGUGGAGUUGUGGGCACAGAGACGCCUCAGGUGUCAACGCCAGGGCAGACUGUGACGUCAUCGGUGCCAAAAACACCGAGUCCAGUACCUGGCAAGGCGGAUGAGACUGAAAAGAGUCUCGAUAAAUUCUGUCAAAAGUCACUCAAUGAUCUCAUGCUGACGAUUGCCAAGUUGGAUUCUAAUGGGAUUGUCGUGAUUCCUGAGGCACAGAAGAAUCACUUGGACUCGGCGCAGGUCGACAGCUCGACGGACGAGGGGGGCAAUAUUGGAGAGAGCCCUGAGGAGGGGGGAAAGAGUGUGGCAGCUUCAAUGGCUAAGGACGAUCCUAAUGAGGACUGGUGCGCUGUCUGUAUGGAUGGUGGUGAUGCUGUCCUCUGCUGCGACAAGUGUCCCAAGGUCUUUCAUCUUUAUUGUCAUAUUCCAGCUCUCAAAACUUUUCCUGAUGAGAGCGAAACCUGGCAGUGCAUGCUCUGCACUAAUGUCUUGGAUACAUCAGAGGAUCCACCUGCUGAGAAACGAACGAGGGAUAUGAGCCUCAAGGAGUUGAGGAUCGCGCAAAGAAUUGUGCUGGAACUCUACUGCCAGUAUGAACAGAGUCUUCCGUUUCGUGAAAUUGUUUCUCCAGAGAUUGCAGAGUACCAUCGAAUCAUCAAAAGCCCAAUGGCUCUGGAUGUCAUCCGGGAGAAACUGAAACCUGAUAAUCCGAAUCAUUACACUGAUUUGAAACAAGUUUUUUCUGAUAUCAGACUGAUGUUUAAAAACGCAUUCACGUAUAAUCCUGUGGAUUGUCAAGUUUACCAAGAAGCCCGCAACCUCGAGGAAUUCUUUGAGAAAUUAUUGUCGAAGUGGGUGCCAGAUUAUGCCUACGACGAUCCCUUCCUCACCCCAGACGCCGAGGAGGACGAAGAGGUCUUCCCUCCGAAUAGAAAAUAUCGAAGAAUAAUAAACGAUUGACAUCUGUUUCACUUUUUUUAACACUCAAUAAUUUUUUCUGCUUAGUUGUAGCUGAAUAAGCAAUAUACCGAAAGGUAGACUUGUUUAACCAGUCAACAUCGAUUGAUUUAUCAUGAAUAUCAUUGUUAAUUCUCCGUUGUUAACCGUUAAACGUUGUCGAAAUAUUUUAUAUUCACAAAUCAAAAUGAGGAAAAAAUACCGGUAAUGGUAGUAAAUUUUUCUUUCCGCAAUCAUGACGAGAGUAAUUUCGUUUGAUAAUUAUGCAUCUAUGUAUACGAAAAAAAAAAAUCAAGCACAUCAAGUCCUAUCCAUAUCUAUUUUUUGUCACGAGAACAAUUGAGUUAAUGAAUAGUGAAGUUUCUCGAGCCCGAGUAGAUACCACAUACAAGCAUUAUACAAACGACAUAUUUAUGUACUUUGCAGAAUGUUUUCACAUAGUUUAGACUGAUAAUUUAUUUCUCUCGCCGACAUAAUAGAAUUUGUAAGCAUUUUUAUUGAAAUCAUUGUUUUACCCAACAGUUGCUAAGUGGAAUAUGUAAAUUCUGUUGAGAAGAAAUCAGCAAUUUAGUUGACUAUGAAUUGUUACUAUAGGAAGAAUAAAAUUUUGAAUUUUCGGUAUUACUCGUCAUUUUACUUCAAGUAAUAUUUACGUAUGAAGCCUUGAAUUAUUGGAUACCAUGUAUUUUUAUAUAUAUUGAAAGCUAUUGAAUAUAUACACAAUUACAAAUAAUUGAAUGAUUUCAAUUAGUAUGAUAGUGCACCUUUCCAUUUUAAUAAUAUUUAUUUCCCAUUUAGGUACUAAUUUCCACUUUUUCUCAAGGUCGAUUUCUCGCUGAAAUAUCGCUUUUUCAUAGAUAUAGUAUGAAAAAAAUAGUUCUAUAACAUUUUCAGUUUAAAUCGAUAAUUAAGAAAAAGUGGUGAUUCGGUUUAUCUUAAUUUAUCACUUAGUUGUUGAAAUAGGUAAUUUCAUAUUGUUUAUACGCAAAAAAAUCGAGAGCUAGAAUACAUUUUCGAGAGCACAAUUUACGAUCCUUUCGAACGGGUAAAUUACCCCUUGAGAUCGUAAAUUACCUGGAUUUUGUUGGUCUUAUACGGUAUUGAAAUCGUAAAUCACCUCUCCUUGAGAAUCAUUUACGAUCGCGGAGGGAUAAAAAAACCUGUUUUAACUCUAAGUCUGAGCGCUGAGUAUAAAGAUGCUUUUCUCUGAGAAAGAUUUUUCCAAUUAAUCGGCUCCGAUUUCCGAAUUAAAAAUUUAGUAAAAAAAAUCUAUCCCUGUACGACAGGCUCAGGCGAUUUAGAAUCAUCAGAGACCAAGUUUUACUAAUCUCGAAGGAAAUGCUUUUUUUUACAUAUAUGUAUAGUACUUUACGAUCUCAAGCGAGCUUGUCCCGUUCGAGACCGUAAAUUACGCUCAGGGAGACGUGAAUUACGAUUUAAAUGCCAUAAAAACCGAGAAAAAUUCCGGUAAUUUACAUCGACGUAAAAAAUAUCGUAAAUUCUAUUUUGGAAAAUGUACUUUAUUUUUAUAAUCUUUCAGUGUAUACAACACAUGUUAAUUGCUGGGGAACUCCAGAUGAGAUUGACGUGUGGUUUUUAUUUUUUUUCACAUGUUUUUAUGGUUUAUCCUGGCGUGCAGUUGCGUAAUUAUCACGGAUAAUUAGCGCUUUAGCGCUUAAAAUCAAUCAUAAUAAAAUUGAAUUGAAGUGUCACCGCAUGUUUUCAAGCGUUUUGAAUCUUAGAAGGUUGGCCGACAGAAAAAAACUAGAAAAGAAACGGAUUACUUCUCAAAUCUUCUGUGAUUCUAUCAUAAAACUAAUUUGAUUCGAAAUUUUGUCUAAUUUUUAACAGAAGAGUUGAAGAGGUAUGUCGUGUAAUUAAACGAGAUAACAUUGAAAAAAAUUCUAACGCGAUAUCAUGACAAUUGAAGAGAGAUCUUGUGUAAUUAAACGAGAUAACAUUACAAAUUGAAUAAGAUCAAUAAGAACCGCGCUAAUCGUCCCAUUCUGCCCCUUUCAAUUAUUUAUAUUAACAAAUAAAACGUAAUCACUGUGGUGUCGUAAGAAAAGUCACAACGAUUAAAGUUCAAUCGCCAGUUAUUAUCCCAAUAGGUAAUAUCCCUAAUAAGAGAUACUCUUCAACCAUGAAGAUUCUCUCAGGAUUUAGUAAUUACACCCGGAUAAACGCAUCACAUAAUGACGAGUAGUAAAUAAUUACACGUCUUUCAAAUUGUGAUUUAUUAUUCAUAAAAAAAUCAACAAUCAAACGAAGAAUGUUUCUACAGAGAAAAAAAAAUCGUUUUACAUUAUGAAAUUUGAAUUAUCAUUUUCCUGCUGAGAGACACCAAUGAAAAUAAGACACAAGUGCAUUAACUACUUGAAAACAAAAGUCGGGGCAAGCACAAUUGUACAAUUCGUAUCGAUAAAAACUAUAAAUUCUUCGAUUAAUGUAUCAAUCGUGUGAGUAUGUAUAAACAAUACCUGAUAAGUGCCGAACACGAAGAGAUAAACAAAUUACGAUUAUUGAUAACAAUUGAAUCAAUACGAGUAUAAA